AUUUUUUGUAAGUUGGAGAUGAGAAGGUCCAGUCUACUUUCAGAUGUGGUCGAGUUGUCUCUAUGUCUCUGCAUUUCUACUGGUGGCAGUAUAUGCGAAUCCGCGGAAAAAAGCUUCCGAUUACUUCGCCAUUUGUCACACAUCAGAUUCUGAUUUCAAUGAUUGUGUCAAUAAUACAUUAACAACAUUAAGAGGAGAAUUCAUUAAAGGGAUACCCUCAUUGAAUCUGCUACCAUUAGAACCUCUCAAAAUAGAAAAAAUGGAGCUAAGGCAAGGAACCGGAGAAAAAUUUCAGAUGUAUCAGAAAUUAACAAAUAUUAAUAUUCACGGUAUAGGUAACUACACAAUAGAACAUUGCAACUUUGAUUAUAAGAAAAAACAAUGGAAUCAUACUCAAUCAUAUCCAUAUAUAAAGCUAGAAGGAGAUUACGAGAUGGAUGGAAAGAUGCUUAUCUUACCUAUCAAAGGAAAUGGAAAAAUUAGAUUUUUAUGCACCAACGUGACAACUUUCAGUGAAGUCUGUUUUGAAACGUUUGAGAGAAACAAAGAAAUAUAUACGAGAAUUAAAGAUUAUAAGUUACGAAUAGAAACAAAACACGCUGAAGUACAUUUAACAAAUAUGUUCAACGGAGAUAGAAGAUUGAGUGAAGGAGUGAACAGAUUUCUAAACAGUCAUUGGAAGGAAGUCUUCGAAACUUACAAAGAGCUACCAGAGAAAUCAUUCGCAGAAUUCAUGAAAAAACAGAUGAACUGUAUCUUCACAACGUUUCCUGAAAAGGAAUUAUUUCCAGAAUGAAAAGAAAGAAAAUAAUGCUCAUAAAUAAAAAUAGGCCAAUCAAAUAAAAAUUCAUUGAAAAGACUGAACACGCCAAUAUGUAUAGAUAA